UUCUAUUACAAAUUUUUCGUCAAAUUUUGCAUUGAAAACUUCUUUGCGGUUAUCAUCGUUGUGUGAAAACCAGACAGCAGAGACAACUGCUCCUCUCAUACAUAUAUACACAUAUAAAAGAAAAAAAAAAAAGUAAAAAAAAAUUUUUUUUGCACCAAAUUAACUUUUUUCCCAUUAAAAAAAAUCAUAUUUAAAAUUAAUUAAAUUUUAUGAAAAUUAUGUUUUUGAAAACGUGAAAAUUUUAACUAUAAAACGGUGUAAUUUUUAUAAAAAUCCGGUUAAAUCUAAUACGAAAAAUUUUAAUGAAAAAGUGACGCGCUCGAAUUUUUUUUUUAUUUUUUAGUUUUUUUUUUUUUGGAAUUGGAAAAAAUUUUUUAGUCGUCACUUAUUUCACCUCUUCUACACAGCAUUUAUAACUAGGUAAAAAGAAAAAGCAGAAAAAAAAAAUUAAGUAAGAAAUUCGGAAAAAAAUUUUAGAAAUCAAAAAAUUAAAAAUAUUUUUUUAACGUGAAAUUUUUGAUUACGCCGAUAAAAAAAAAAUUUCAAAAGGUCUCCCAACUAAGCAAGGAGAAAAAAAAAAAGCGGUGGAAGUAAAAACAAUUUAUUUUAUUGUUUUCGUAAUGUGAAAAUUCCAUUUUAAAUUUAUUUUUUUUUUUAUUUUUUAAUUCAUACGUAAAAGUUAGUACACAAGAGAAAAAAAAAAGAAGCAGAAAGAAAAAAUUUAAGAAAACUUCGUUUUUUAACAAGAUUUUUUUUAUCAAUUCUAUAUUAAUUUUCAUAUGUACAUACGUUACAUAUGUACAUCCAAAGAAAAACAUCCAUACAUACAAAUUAUUCAUAUGUUGGCAAUAUAUGUAUAUACGAGUAUAUCCACAUAAAAUUUAUAUGGGGAUCCUAUGAAUUUGUAUAGAAUUUUGUGCCCACCUAUAUACAUACAUACAUUAUUAUAUGCAAGUGUGCUCAUAUGUAUUUAUUUAAAAUAUCAUCAGCUGGUGGUGAACUAAACUUGCCAGACAAUAAAAUUCUAUAUAGGCACUAUUGAAAAUAAAAAAAAAAUUAAAUAGGUACCAAUUUAAGAAUUUAAAAAAAAAAAAGAAAAAUUAAAAUAAAAAUGAAACAGAAAUAAAUAGGAAAAACAUUUUUAUUUACUUUUCUUUAAAAAAUUUCAUAAAAGAAAAAAAAAUUAUAAUUAAUAUAUUUAAUAAAUACAAGAAAGCAAUUAAUAAAACAAAAAAAAAAUUAAAAGGAAAAAUUAAAAAAAAAAAUUUCCUUACAAAAUUUUGUCAAGAGAAAAGAAAAUUCAACUCGCAUCCUUUACCAACUGCAAAACUAACAACAUUUUGGAAAUAGAAAAAAGCGUAACCGCAAGGAUUAAAGAGAACCUUAAUAUAUAAAUGUAUAUGGAAUCUAUCGGUGCUAAUCUAGUUAAUAAGUUAAGAUAAAUGACACGAUAACACAGCGCAAAAUUUUAAUUUUUGCAAAUAUUUUGCAAUUUUGUUCUUGUUUUUUUUUUAAUUUCAACUUUUUUUUUUAAUUUAUUAAUAACUAAAUUAGACUUAAAACUGUUUAAUAAAGUAUAAAAUUAAAGGAAUUAAAAAUUUCUUUACUUUAUCCAAAUAAAAAAAAAAAUUCAAAAUUGUUCUUCAAUGUAGAAGUUAAAUAGAAUAACAUUCGAAAACAAAAUUAAUUUUUUAAAAAUCAAAAAAAAAAAAAAAUUGCAUCACAAUUUUUUUUUUAAUUUUAAUAAAUAAAAAAAAAUAUGUCAAGUCGUUGUUACAAUACAACCAAUUACAAUGCGAAUGGUAAUCAACAACAACAAAUUUCUACAUCUUCAUCAACUGCCAGAAGUUCUGCAAUACGAAAAUUAUCUUAUUCAGAAGUUGCAUCCACCGGUAUAAUAACAUCGGGUUCGUCAACAACGCCUAUGAGUGGUACAGCCGCAGUUGUACAAAAUUCAAAAAUUCCAACAUAUUUUUCAUCAUCAAAUUUAAUUGAAUUGCAACCGGUUAAAAUGUCGCAUAGCAGUAAUAUUAAUAAUAAUGGAAAUAAUGAUCAUGAUUAUAAAAUUGAAAGCUCAACAGCUGGGUAUUCAACACCACCAGUUAUAACAACAAAUAAUACAAACAUCAAUUAUCCAGCAAAAUUUAAUUCACAUUUGUUGGAUCAUGGUUACGGGGCGACACCACAACCAUCUAUUCCUGGUCAUGAUGGUAGUAUUGUAAACAGUGGCAAUUCUUCGUCAGGUCAACCCAAUUAUCAUAAUAUGACCGGAAAAUAUACAACAUCUGUAAAUAAAAAUGAUCAAAAUAUUACAGCAUAUUAUAAACAAGUAAAGCGACGUUUACCGUUGAAUGAAAGCUCAUCGUCUCCAGUUCCAGUUAAAUUGUUUAAAAGUUCGUCAAUAAUAAACAGUUUUAGUCAACAGCAGCAACAGUCAAGUCAACAACAUCAGUCAGCAUCUGGUAAUUUUCAAUAUAUUAAAUCAGAGUCGUCAUCAUCUAUAGCGUCAGGAACGUCAACGCCAACAACUUCACAUUCAUCAUUAUCAUCAUUUUCAUCUUCAAAUCAUAAUAGUAAUAAUAACAAUCAUCAUUCAGGUACAACAGCAACAUCAACACCACAUUCAGGUAAAAAAAGGCCACCGGAUACGUCAUCAGCUGCUGGAACACGCGCUGACACAUCCUUAGGCAUUUUAACAAAAAAAUUUAUUGAUUUAUUACAAGAAUCUGAUGAUGGUACAGUUGAUUUAAAUCUUGCAUCAAAAAAAUUGGAAGUACAAAAGCGUCGCAUAUAUGACAUAACAAAUGUUUUAGAAGGUAUUGGAAUAUUGGAGAAAAAAGCUAAAAAUAACAUUCAAUGGAAAUGUGGCAAUUCAUUGAUGAGUUUAGAAACUUCAAGGCGGAUGCAAUUAGAGAGUGAAAGACUCGAGCAAAAAGAAAAUCAAAUAGAUAAUUUAAUAGAUCAAAUACGUAGUGAAUUAAAAGAUAUUAAUAGUCAUGCGUAUGUUACGCAACAGGAUCUGAGAAAUGUUGACAUUUUUAAAGAUCAAAUUGUUAUUGUUGUUAAGGCACCACAAGAUACUAAAUUAGAGCUACCAGAUACAAAAGUUCCGCGUGAAAUACAUUUAAAAGCUGAAAACAAUGGUGAAAUAAAUGUAUUUUUGUGCACUGAUUCUAGUCCGCAAACUUCACCAAUUCAAAAUAAACUGCCUAAUGAUCCAUUAUUUAAUGAUAUUCAACCACUUUUAGCGCCAGUUUUAGAAAGUACCAAAAAGAACAGAACAGCAGGUUUGACAUAUCCAAUCCGUUCGGCACAACGAAACUUAAAUAAAUCAAUUGAAGAUGCAGCAGCAAAUAGUCCAAUACACAUAGAUAAUUUUACACCAAAACCAGAUCCUGAAACAUCGUUAGAAAGUUAUUUACACCAAACUGAAACUGCUACAACCUCAACAGCACAAUUUCAACACCAUCGUUUUAUUAAAUCAGAAAAUAACAAACAAAUAUCAACAUCUUCUGUUACAACAAUAUCAGAAUCCAAUUUUGUAUCAAAUUCGUCAACAUCAACGUUGUUGCCCGCAGCAGCAAUAUCAUCAACAUCAUCAUCUAUUGUACCUGGAAUUAAUAAUAAUAUAAGUAAUAAUAAUAUUAGUAAUAUUGAGAAUAGUAAUAGAAAUGAUGCUACCGAUGAAAAUACAUUGAUUAAAUCGAUAGCUACAGAAUCAAUAUUCCCAACAACAUCAAAGCCAGUUAUAACACAAGAUCAAAUUGAUCUUUUAGAUAUAAGUAACAAUCGUAUACAGAACUUAUAUUCAACGACUGGUUCAACCACAAAAAUUAUUAAAUCGGAACCAAUUGAUCCAACAAUAUCUUCGAUAAUUCAACAAUCAAAUAUUAAUUUAAUCAGUAAUAGUAAUAAUAUUAAUAUUAAUAAUAAUAAUAAUAAUAAUAAUAAUAAUAAUAAUAAUAAUAAUAAUAGCAAUAAUCAUAUUAAUAAUCGCGGUAAUAAUAAUACUAAUAAUAAUAAUAAUAAUAAUAAUAAUAAUAAUAAUAAUAGUAGGAAUAAUAAUAACAAUAGUAGUAGUACUGAUACUAGCUGUAACAUAAAUACUAAUAAAGCAUCAGUCAGAACAAAUUCAUCGUCCUCUACGGAUAGUUGUAAUGAUGUAAAUAAUGGCCUUAAACAUGACGUUUCAAUGAGCAGUAGUUUAUCAUUUGCUGUUGAUUUAAAUACCAAUAUUAAUAGUGGUGAUAAUAAUCAUCAAAACCAAGAAGAAUCAACUACAAUAGAAACAACCGAAACAGAUUCAUCAAAUAGGGAUGAUAAUUCAGAUGGUACAAAUUUACAAAACAAUCAUAGGCAAAUUCCAACAAAUAAAGGUGUUCGAAAUACAUUAAUUUAUGGUUCAAUUAAUCUUAGUCCAAAUAUAUUGCCUUCAAAUAAUGUUGAUCAAAGUUAUUUUGAUGACUUAUCACCGUUCUUAUCUAUUGAACCACCACUUGAUGACCAUUAUAAUUUCUCAUUGGGACAAACUGAAGGAAUAUGUGACCUGUUUGAUUUUGAUCUGUAAAAACAACACUUUAACUAAAAAGAAUGUUGUGCGACCAGGCACAAUGUAAAAGUGCAGAAAAUAAGCAAUGAAACUGAGAAAAGGGAAAUUCGCAAUUUCAUGUUUUGCAUAUUUAAUUACUAAUUUCACAAGAACACAAUUCUUAAUUCCAUCAGCUGGUUUUUAAGUAUAUGACACAUGAAAGAAACGAGGAACAAAUUUUGAUUUCUUUAAAAAAUUAAAAAUUUAAAAUACGCUUAAGUAAAAACAAGAAAAUUUAAUUUUAAAUAUAAAGAAAUUAAAAUUUGUUUGUUUUUCUUUCUGUAAUGGAUUUAAAUAUUAUACCAUCCUAAAAGAAUGCAAUUUGGAGUGGUUAUUGUAAGCUCAGAUCAGUUUUUAAUUGUUUGAGUACAAUAUUAAACACUGUGAUAAAAACCAGCAUAUAAAAGGACCUUAAUCGUCUUUUCUAAAAUUUCUACAUUUUUUCGAAUUCCAUCAAUGAUUAUUUUUCAGAAUUAUAUUAUAUGCAAAAUCACAUACACAUAUUAAAUUUGUUAAACUUUAUUAAUUGAAAUUAUAAACAUAAAAAAAUAAAAUUAAAAUGAAGCAAGAAGGGGGAGGGUCAUUGGGAGCUACAAUUUUAUUUUAAAAUAAAAUUUAUACAUAUGAUUUAUAUAAAAUUUAUAUACGUAUUUAAAAAAAAAACUCCUUAAACAUAAUUUAUGUAAUAUAUUAAAUAUACAUAAUAUUAUUUUAUGGAAAUGUUUUUUUUUUUUUAAUUUUUAUUGUAAAAUUUAUUUAAGAACAUAGUCAAGUCAUUAAAAUAUUUAAUUAAAUUAA